AUGGCUCCCAUCAAGGCUUUCGUUACUGGCGCCACCGGUUACAUUGGUGGAGACGUCUUUUACAAUGUCCACCAGGCACAUCCUGACUGGGAAUACGCGGUGUUGGUUCGCAGCAAGGAGAAGGCAGAGAAGCUCUCCAGCGAAUAUCCCAAGGUUCGCGUCGUGUUGGGAGACCUAGAUUCCGCGGAUAUCAUCGAGGAGGAGGUCAAGAAAGCCGACAUUGUUUUCCACACUGCCGACUGCGACCACGUUGCGUCUGCUGAGGCCAUCGCCAAGGGUGCUACCCACCACACCCCGGAGCGCCCCUUGUGGUGGAUUCACACCUCUGGAACCGGUAUCCUAACAGUCGAGGACUUCCGUGCCAACACCUGGGGUCGGUACCGCGAAAAGGAGCACGACGACUGGGAUGGCGUGGAUGAGCUCCUCAACCUGCCUUCUGACUCUCUUCACCGCAAUGUCGAUGAGAUUGUCAUUGCCGCUGGCAAGCGCGACCCCAACAGCGUCAAGAUUGCCAUCGUCUGCCCGCCUACAAUCUACGGCCCUGGCCGUGGUCCCGGCAACCAGAAGAGUGUGCAGGCCUACUGGCUGGCAUCUGCUGUCUUGAAGCGGAAGAAGGGCUUCUUGGUGAACGAGGGCAAGAACAUCUGGCACCAGAUCCACGUGCAAGACCUGAGCGACCUGUACCGGCUGUUGGGAGACGCUGCUGCUGCGGGUGGCGGCAAUGCCACCUGGAACGACAAGGGUUACUACCUGGCUGAGAAUGGCACCUUCGUCUGGGGAGACAUCUCGCGGGAGGUGGCCAAGGUCGCUUAUGAGAAGAAGCUGAUCUCGUCUCCUGACGUGGAGUCCAUCUCCGAUGACCAGGUGAAGGAAUUGAACCAGUUCGGUCUCUAUGCCUGGGGCAGCAACUCCCGUGGCCACUCUUACAGAGGCAGGAAGCUGCUCGGAUGGUCUCCUCACCGGCCUAGCCUGAAGGAGCUUAUUCCUGAAAUCGUCGACAUUGAGGCCAAGGCGUUGGGCUUGCUCCCUCUAGCUUCGAUCGGCCCUGUCAUGGCUCCAGGUGCCGGAGGAAAGAGAAAAAGAGGCGAUCGAUCGUGGUCUGGCGAUUCUGGGAACGACGGUUCACGACCAUCCCCCCAUCGACCAGGUAAUCUCAAUAUGGCGCAACACAAUCACGGCCCGCAGUCUCGCGACUACGACUCGCGUGGCCGCGGACGGAGGCCUCCCGGCCGGGGAAGAGGGGGUAAUAUGAAUAUGGGUCGACGUCCCAGUGGCGAUAGCCAGAACUUCCCCGGUGGUCGGAGGGACACGGCCAUGUCCCCGCCCAGCAGCGCGCCCGCGAAAGAUGUGCCUGAAUCAAAUCAGAUUAACGGAACUUCUGCGAAUGCCGACCAGAACAAACCUCCUCCAUCACCAUCGCCUGUAAUUCCAUCGGCCCAGUCACAGCCGCAACCUCAGACGCAGACCCAACCGUCACCCGCACCAACGCCCGCUCCUGCGCCUCCAAUGCAAGUAUCAAGUGCUCCCGUGCAGCCUCCUCCCGGCCCACCACAACCGUACGACUACGAGUACGUUACACAAUCAGUGAUCGAUCACUGGGCCGCCUCUGGUAGAAAGGAGAUCGUGGAGAAGGGUAUCCAAGCGAAAAACACGCAAGAUGCGUCUGGUCUGGCGUCCGUAUACCAGGAGCUUAUCCGCUCAGCCCUGUACGGCCGACUACCACCAGACCACGCGGGCUCAGCAGUUAGAGACAUCAUUGGCGAUGAUGUUACUGUGGAGAACGUCGACAUGAACGGGGAGCAAUCGACUUCAAGCACCCUUGACACGCAAUCUCUUUUUCUAGACACCCUGUCCAUUCUUACCGAUUCCGACACGUCAAGCAAUGCCCUGAGACCGCUUGUUUACUCCACUGGCAUCAACCCAGCUCUUAUGCGCGUGCAGCUCGACACGCAACUCCUUCAAUCGCUCGGACUCGUCCGCGAAACCUUUACGCGUAUGGGCAUUCGCAAGCAGACCAACCUCUUGUACCGACAGUCAAACUACAAUCUUCUACGCGAGGAAUCUGAAGGUUAUUCUAAGCUUUUAACCGAACUUUUUACGACAAGUAACAAUGAGCCUCCAUCCAGUGAAGUGGUGGAAGACACCUUUGAAAAGGUGAAGGCGAUGAUCGGUGCUUUCGACAUGGAUGUUGGCCGUGUACUCGACGUCACUCUUGAUGUCUUCGCAGCGGUCCUGGUGAAACAGUAUCGCUUCUUCGUCAAACUCUUGCGAGCUAGUUCAUGGUGGCCGAAGGAGGACAACUUCCGCAAUAUGGAAGGUGGAAACCGCGAUUCUGGUCUUCCCAGGUGGGCUCUACCUGGAUCGACUGGGUGGGCGACUACAGAUGAAGAGCGAGCCGACAUCAUGGUUGCGAACGAACAGCGCGAUCGCGACUUUUGGAACCGGGUGAGAGAGAUUGGGAUUCGGGCUUUCUUUGAGAUUGGCCGACGACCUGUUACUCAGGAAGAGGUACAGCGGAUACUUCCUGAAAGCAACAGUCUUUCUGAGGAAGAAAAGUCAAUGCGAAAGUGGAUCGAGGAGACAGGCACAUUGCCCCCUAAAGGUAGUCGAGUGGCGGCUCAGCUUCUCGGUUUCAAGUUACGCUUCUACUCUUCCAAGGCUCGCUCAAAGUCAGACGUUCUUCCAGAUAAUCUCAUCUACCUGGCAGCUCUGCUGAUUAAAGUGGGCUUUAUCUCCCUGCGCGACCUAUAUCCCCAUCUUUGGAGACCAGAUGACUCAAUGGAUACAUUGAAGGAGGAAAAGCUCAAGGAGAAGGCUGAGAGAGAGAGAGCUGCACGUCCGGGAGGUGGUGUCAAUGCUUUGAUGAUGGCCGGUGCCCUAUCGGAUGAUACUCUCCCCAUGCCUCGCAUUCGUGAAUCCGAGCCCCGGUCUGCCACUCCCGGAAAGGAGCAAGAAGCGGACAAGGCUGCCGCUGCGAAGGCAGAAGAGGAGGAGCUGCCGGAACCUUCAGACCAGAAGGUUAUGCUAUUGAAAAGUCUACUGGCAAUCGGCGCCCUUCCAGAGUCUUUGUUCAUCCUCAGCAAAUUCCCUUGGCUCAUGGACGUCUAUCCGGAGCUCCCGGAAUUCAUUCAUCGUAUUCUUCAUCACUGUCUUAGCAAGGUCUAUGCUUCGUUGCGUCCCCUACCCUCUGCUGAGGGGCUCAACGAACAGAAGCAAAUUCCGAGCCAAGAUCAGGCAGGCCUGGCAAAGGGUCAGAUUCGUCUGGCUCAAGCACCACCACGGCGCGUCCUGCGAUGGGCACAGCUAGACAAGGAGGAUACCAACGACGGAACCGACUAUCGCUUCUACUGGGAUGACUGGGCUGACAAUGUUCCCAUUUGCCAGUCGGUUGAUGACGUUUUCGCGCUCUGCUCUUCAUUCCUCAAUCUGACAGGCCAUAAGAUUGGUCAGGACUCUACUCUGCUCUCGAAACUUGCGCGAAUCGGGAAGGAUAGUCUCAGCAAAGACGAUUCCCCCGAAAAUAGGGCGCGUUGGCAGGAUCUUUGCAAGAGGCUUCUGGUUCCGUCCAUCAGUCUUACAAAAGCUAACCCUGGAGUUGUGAAUGAAGUCUUCGAUCUCGUCAGCUUAUUCUCCAGAGAGACCCGUUACAACAUGUACGCGGAGUGGAACUCAGGACAAACGUCUCGACUACCGGACCUCAAAGCCGCUUUCGACCAAGCAAGAGCCGAGACGAAAGACGUCCUUAAGCGACUGAGCAAGACAAACAUUCGUCCAAUGGCUCGUGCCUUGGCCAAGAUUGCUUAUGCGAACCCUGGAAUUGUCAUCAAUGUCGCCAUCAACCAGAUCGAAUCUUACGAGAAUCUCAUCGAAGUUGUUGUGGAAUGCGCACGCUACUUCACUUACCUUGGAUAUGAUAUUCUGACCUGGGCUCUGAUCAGUUCUCUUGGCCAGAAGGGUCGAAGCCGUCUGCUAGACAAACGUCACGAAUCCAAAAUGACCUCGAGACGACUCAUGAAAUCUCUGACAGUAUCUAAACUCGCUGGUCAACUACUUAUUGCUAUUGCUCAAGAGCGCCUGACAUGUAUCUUCAAGGAAACCGAGGGCGCUUCGGAGCUGAAGCUGCUGGGUAACAUUUUUGACGAGAUUCAUCGCAUUCUGACACAGUACCUCGAUCUUCUUCGCAGCAAUCUCACUGUCGAGGAGUUCGAUUCUUUCGUCCCCGAUUUGGCAUCCCUCAUCGGUGAAUAUGGCAUUCAACCCGAGGUGGCCUUUUGGAUUCGAAGGCCAAGUAUCGCGCUGAAGAUUGCGAAUAUUGAAAAGGAAGGGCAGGAAGAGGAUGCGGGGGCAGCUCAUCGGGUUUCAGAGGACAAGCGUCAGCUCAAGAUUGAGGGUGAUAAGAUGGAUACAGGAGAAGAUGGAGAGACAACCCCUGCUGCAGUGGAGCCAUCGGCGGAGCACACUAUGGAAGUGGACCAGGAGAAGCCCGAGACUGCAGAUAAUGCACAGGGCAAUGCUGAAACAACCACUGCCAUCCCCGCACCCGCUGAAGCGCCCUCUCUCAAUCGAGUCAUUCAAGACCUCCACGAUCAAAUUAGGGCGGCCCUACCUACUGAAACCUGGGGUACUGUUGGUCUUCAUUUCUACGUCACCUUCUGGCAACUGUCACUUUACGAUGUUCACAUUCCGCAAAAAGCUUACGAAGAUGAAAUCGAUCGCCAGAAACGUAAAGUCAUCGCGAUCAAUAAUGACCGUUCCGACAUCAGCAUGGCCGGCACGCAAAGAAAGGAGCGUGAGAAGAAGCAACUGACGCAACUGCAGGAUCGGAUCCUAGAGGAGAACAAAGCUCAUCUAAAGGCCUAUGGUCAAACAAGGACGAAACUGCAAAAAGAGAAAGACCGAUGGUUUGUGGGCAUGCGCGGCAAGCACGAUGCUCUCAACGUUGCUCUGUUGGAGCAGUGUUUCUUGCCUCGUUUGCUCUUAUCAUCCGUUGAUGCGUUCUAUUGUUUCAAGAUGCUCAAGUUUCUUCAUACAACGGGUGCCCCCAAUUUCCGGACAGUCGGCCUCUUAGAUCAACUUUUCAAGGAGCAACGGUUGACAGCCUUGAUCUUUCAGUGCACAUCCAAGGAGGCGGACAACCUUGGUCGAUUCCUGAACGAGGUCAUCCGCGAUCUCAGUCGCUGGCAUGCAGACAAGACGGUCUAUGAGAAGGAAGCAUUUGGAAACAAGAAAGAUCUUCCAGGUUUCGCCAUGAAUGUUGACCUCGAGGGGAAACCCACCACUUUCCUCGAUUAUGAGGAUUUCCGGCGACUGCUGUACAAAUGGCACCGUCUUCUGGCGUCCGCAUUGAAGACAUGCUUGAACGGAGGAGAAUACAUGCACAUUCGUAACGCUAUCAGUGUGCUGAAGGCUGUCGUCCAGCAUUUCCCUGCAGUGAACUGGAUUGGUCGAGAUAUGCACAAAAGCAUGAAAGAACUCAGCGAGACGGAUGAACGUGAUGAUGUCAAGAUCCCCGCUGCUUCGCUCAUUGGUGAUCUCAACCGACGCGAAAAGAAAUGGUUACUUCCCCAGGCGUUCAACAUCGCCCAUCAACCGGCGCCGGGCAAGGCAAAUGCACCCAACGCCACAGGAAAGCCCGAUACCCCGCGGCCUCAAUCUGGAACCCCGGCUUCUUUGAAUGCUUCUGCGCCCGAAUUCAAACCCACAGCGGCCAAUGAGUAA